UGGGGUCGUUUCCCGCACUCAGUAAACAUAAAGAGCUUUUCAACCCAACCGCCUUGCUGGCAGAGGUGGACUUGUCCAUUUUUCAGUAAACCUGCCCAUAAAUUUACCUGAUUUGUCGUGUCGUAAUAGGGGCGUGGUUGUUCGUGCUCCUUCUGUCAUUUACGGACAAGGCUCGGGGCUUGCCCGGCGGGCCCUUGGGACGACCUGGUCCCAGCGCAACUAUGAACUUGGAGCGGGUGUCCAAUGAGGAGAAGUUGAAUCUGUGCCGGAAGUACUACCUGGGUGGGUUCGCUUUCCUGCCUUUUCUCUGGUUGGUCAACAUUUUCUGGUUCUUCCGAGAGGCCUUCCUUGUCCCGGCUUACACAGAGCAGAGCCAAAUCAAAGGCUAUGUCUGGCGGUCAGCUGUGGGCUUCCUCUUCUGGGUGAUUGUGCUCACCACUUGGAUCACCAUCUUCCAGAUCUACCGGCCCCGCUGGGGCGCCCUUGGGGACUACCUAUCCUUCACCAUACCCCUGGGUACGCCCUGACAACUUCUGCACUGGCUGGGGACCUGCUCAUUCUCCCAGGAUGGGCUCCCCUGCUUUAAACUCUUUCUCAAGACUUGUUCCCACUUCCCAUGUUCUCUGCUGACAUCCCUAAUAAAGGACCCUAACUUUCA